AUCGGGAGGGAGCUUUGGCAAGUGGAGACACUUGUUGAUCGCCGCCCAUCCCCGCAAAAAACCAAAAACAAAACCUGCCCAGGGAGCCGCCGUCCUGGCCUUUUAAGGCGUCUUGAGUUUAGGACGCACUUGUCCCAGGACGUGGCGGUGCCCGGGGCAGGGUUUUGGCUGGCGGUUUGAGGGAUUCUGUCGCAUUUCAGGGCCCUGAAAGCCCGAGUGGUCCAAGUGGAGAGACUGAAAAGCUCCAGAAAUUGACAAAGCAGGUUCUAUGGAGCUAUUGCGUGCUGGCACAGGUAGUCUGUGCCCCCUGCUACUUUGCUUUGGCUUCCAAUAAAUUGUCGAUGCGAGAAACUAAUCUCUGGCCAAGUUGAAUCUUCAAGAGUGAAAUGAUGCCAAACUCAUUAGUUUAUAGUAAACACCCAAGUGUAUAUGAAUGUAUGAAUGGUUGAAUGAGUUUAUUAAGUCAAUUUGGAGAGUAAAAAACACUCAUUAACUCUGCUUCUAAACUUUUAGAGUUCUCUGACCAGGAUUAAGCACUUAACUUUGGGUAUUAACUCCAUCUGUGAAACAGUAAAAUGAUGAACACUUGAAGCUACUCUGGUAAAAAGUGGUGUUAGGUCAAACUCAAUUAUGUAAAACAAAGUGAAAAUCUCUGCAUGACAGCCGAAGACCUACUUAUUUCAAGUGGUAUUUGAGUUGAAAAAUGCAGUAAAACCCCAAAUUUGAUUUGUUUUUGUCAUCGUAGUGUCAAAAUCAAAGUCACAGUGGAUUAGAGCUCUAUUAUCACACAACUCAGGGAAGAAGAAAGAUGCUGUCUGUAUUAUCCAUUUCCUGUCUCCUUACCUCAUCCAUGAGAUAUGCAUUAUAUAUUAUCAUAGCAUUUUAUUUGUUAAUUCAGCCAAUUUUUUGAGCACUUAUCAGCCUGGGAUAGUGCCAGACCCCAGAUCUUGUUGCCAGUGCACUAAUUCUAGUGAAAGAGAUGAAAGCUCAACAAAAUUCUUCAGUGCUGUGAUACCAGCACAUGUGUAAUGGGAAAACAAAAGAGGCAAGUAAAGGGGUCAGAAAAUGUUUCCUUCUGGGUUGGUCCCUGAGCUGAGUCUUGAAGGAUGAGCAGCAGUCGCCAAGUGGGAGGAAGAGGACACUGGCAUUCCAGAUGCUGAGAGAAGCAGAAGCUGAGGAAGAUUGUCAUUCCGAAGCUGUCAGGGAAGGAGAUGAUGAUGAUGAAAAUGAAAGCCCUGCUGAGACGGAUUUGCAGGCACAACUCCAGAGGUUCCGAGCUCAGUGGAUGUUUGAACUUGCCCCGGGUGGAGGCUCAGGCAAUUUAGAAUCUCGACCGUGCAGAGCAGCGCGAGGCUCUUUGCUGAGGGCAGCGGACACCAGAGGAAAGCAGGAGCUGGCGAAAGAAGAAAAGGCGCGAGAACUCUUCCUAAAAGCAGUAGAAGAAGAACAAAAUGGAGCUCUUUAUGAAGCCAUCAAGUUUUAUCGUAGGGCUAUGCAACUUGUACCUGAUAUAGAGUUCAAGAUUACUUAUACCCGGUCUCCAGAUGGUGAUGGCGUUGGAAACAGCUACAUUGAAGAUACUGAUGAUGACAGCAAGAUGGCAGACCUCCUGUCCUACUUCCAACAGCAGCUCACGUUUCAGGAGUCUGUGCUCAAACUGUGUCAGCCUGAACUCGAGAGCAGUCAGACUCAUAUAUCAGCUCUGCCGAUGGAGGUCCUGAUGUACGUCUUCCGUUGGGUGGUGUCCAGCGACCUGGACCUCAGAUCAUUAGAGCAGUUGUCACAGGUGUGCAGGGGAUUCUAUAUCUGUGCCAGAGACCCUGAAAUAUGGCGUUUGGCCUGCUUGAAAGUUUGGGGCAGAAGCUGUAUUAAACUUGUUCCGUACACAUCCUGGAGAGAGAUGUUUUUGGAAAGGCCCCGUGUUCGAUUUGAUGGCGUGUAUAUCAGUAAAACCACCUAUAUUCGUCAAGGGGAGCAGUCUCUUGAUGGUUUCUAUAGAGCCUGGCACCAAGUGGAAUAUUACAGGUACGUAAGGUUCUUCCCGGAUGGCCACGUGAUGAUGCUCACCACGCCCGAGGAGCCCCAGUCCAUUGUUCCGCGCUUACGCACCAGGAAUACCAGAACGGAUGCAAUUCUACUGGGUCAUUAUCGCUUGUCACAAGAUACAGACAAUCAGACCAAAGUAUUUGCUGUGAUAACUAAGAAAAAAGAAGAAAAAGCACUUGACCAUAAAUACCGGUAUUUUCGCCGUGCCCCUGUGCAAGAAGCCGAUCAGAACUUUCAUGUGGGGCUACAGCUGUGUUCCAGUGGCCACCAGAGCUUCAACAAACUCAUCUGGAUACACCAUUCUUGUCACAUUACUUACAAAUCUACAGGAGAGACUGCGGUCACAGCGUUCGAAAUCGACAAGAUGUACACGCCGCUGCUGUUCGCCAGGGUGAGGAGCUACACCGCGUUCUCUGAGAGGCCGCUGUAGCCCUCACGUCCACCCCCACCGCGUUGCAUGAGUAAAAGUAUAUAGAGAAGCAGAGCAACCUAAGUUAUAAAUGUAUAUAUAUAUAUGAUAUAUAUAUAUGGAAUUGGAACUUAUUUUACAUUGUCGGAGUUCUUUCAAGAAGAGUAUUAAAUUGAUUAUUUUUUUUAUUUAAAGGGAAAGUUGAUUCUUGGGGUGUUUGUUUUGAAAUUAAGUUGAAAUUAUUUUAAGUUUCAGGACACUUAUGUUGUGAAAAACCACAUGAGGUUUUAAAUCAUGCCCUUUUGCAAGCAGACUUCAGAGCAGGCUUCUGUCCCAUAGGCUGUCCUCUGACCGAUCAGCCCAGUACUGAAACGUGUCAGGGGAGCACCCCCAUGGGAUCAGCAUCUAUUUCACGCAUGACAUAGCGUCUUUUAACUAAAAGCUCAAAAUGUGAACCCCUGUUCUGAAUUUGUUUGAUACUGUUUGACCAGUGAAGAUCAUAAAUAAAAGGUUUCUUUCAAGAAAA